UGCAGCAGACACGUUGACGUCGCAGACAGGUUGCAGGAAAAGAAUAGUGACGUUCGGUGAGAAGUGGGAUGAAAAAAAAACAGUGUUUGCUUGGUUCGCUCGUCCUCGACACUCGAUAGCAUUUCGGUUUCGUUUAUUGCAAGCUGGAAGAAUGUAUUUGUUUCUCCAUGUCGGUAUUCGUAGUUUUGUCGUAUUGUGUACAGAUUCAAUAAUUGGAAGCUAUUUGCAACGGGCUGUAUUUGUCAGCUUUUCGCCAGGAAUUUGCUAAUUCUGCCACACUAGAGGAUUAAAAAUAUCGUACGAGGGGCUCGCGUGUCCCUGAACGUAUCAUCGCUGGUACGACCAUUAUGGUGAGAGCUUUUCAAGCAGUUUAUUUUCUGUUGCUAAUGCUAAUUGAAGCGUAUCCAAAGAAACCAAACAGCGGCGAUCUCUCUUUGUGGAUAGAUGAGCAGCAAGUAAAAAAGUACAGCGGAUUUUCCAUGGAGAUUUAUGCCAUAGUCGAUGGUAAAGUAUUACCAUAUAUUCUAGAUCCUAAUUUUGAGAAAUACUUACCAGUGAUUCCUUCGGAGGUCGGUUCAGUUAAUUUCACUUGGAAAUCUGGAAUGAAAAAGUAUUAUUAUAAUUUCGAUAGGUUACAAUCGUUCGAUGAAAAUAUCCUAGAAGCUCCCAUAAUAUCGAUAAAAACCGAAGGAAAGGUUCCCAGGAGACCAAAAGUUUUCAGUAUUUUGUUACCAUGCUCGGGGCGUGGCUCUGGUACAGCGUCGUUCGGACUUGGAUUACUAAUUCAGAGUCGAAAAGGAAGACCGUUACCUGGUACACCGUUGCGAGUAAAACUCCGAAAAGAAUGCAUGGUCAGAGCAAAACAAUUUGUACCCUUAGGACCCGAUGUCGAAUGUGAUAGAAAAUGUGCCAAUGGUGGUUGGUGCAACCACGAUAAAAUUUGCCAGUGUCCCGAAGGGUACAUGGGACAGUACUGUAAAACAGCGUUGUGUUAUCCGUCCUGCCAGAAUAACGGUACCUGUAGUGCUCCAGGUGUUUGCAGUUGUCCGCCGGGCUAUCAAGGAAGACAUUGCGAAGGAGGUAUUUGCUCCGAGAAAUGUCAAAAUGGAGGAAAAUGCAUACAAAAAGAUACUUGCGAAUGUUCCAAAGGAUACUAUGGAUUGAAAUGCGAAUUUUCGAAAUGUAUAAUUCCGUGUUUGAAUGGAGGAAGAUGUAAAGGUGUGAAUAAGUGUAGAUGUCCGAGGGGUUUUCGAGGAGAUCACUGCGAAGUUGGACAAAUCAGUUAUAAUUGUACGAAACCUUGUCGACAUGGUUCCUGCUACGCCAAUAAUGUUUGCGUUUGCGAUUCUGGAUGGACUGGAAAAUUAUGCAAUCAAAGAAAAUCCAGUUACAACCCGAAUGAAGAAAUAAGUUUUUACAGCGAUGAAGAAGACGACGAAUAUGUUGCACCCGUUCAUCAAAGAAAAAAGCAUAAAAUUUUCGUAUGAUUCUCCACUUACAUGCCAUUUAAUUGACCUGAGUGCCAUAGUUUUAAAUUUUUAAUUUUUUUUAAUUUUUUGUAAAUAAUUUUUGUAAUAAAUAUUUGAUUUGCAUCGUAAA